AUGCAUGCGUAUAUAACACAUUCUCCUUGUGAGAGAGGGAGAGUGGAAGAGAGAGAUAUGGAGAGAACAGAGGUCAUGACGUCAUCGUUCAUAUGGCGGCCAAACGCAAACGCAAACGCUGAGAUAACUCCCAGCUGUCCAAGAUGUGGAUCAUCCAACACAAAGUUCUGUUACUACAACAACUAUAGCCUCACUCAGCCUCGCUACUUCUGCAAAGGUUGCCGAAGAUAUUGGACUAAAGGUGGCUCCCUCCGCAAUGUUCCUGUAGGGGGUGGCUGUCGCAAAUCCCGCCGCCCCAAAUCCUCCUCUGGUAACAACACUAAAACCGGCCUAACCUCCAACUCUGGCAGCUCGGGUGGCGGUUCACCAAGCAUCGAUCUUGCUCUUGUUUACGCCAAUUUCUUGAAUCCAAAGCCUGACGAAUCUAUACUACAAGAAAACUGCGAUUUAGCCACAGUAGUCACUACGGAUUUUCUUGUCGAUAAUCCCACCGGAACUUCGAUGGCCCCUUCAUGGAGUAUGGACAUCAAUGAUGGUCAUAAUCAUCAUCAUUAUAAUAAUCAGGUUGAACACAUUGUCGAGGAAUGUGGUUAUAAUGGUUUGCCUCCGUUUCCUGGUGAAGAGCUUCUCUCUUUAGACACUAAUGGUGUUUGGUCUGAUGCUUUGUUGAUUGGCCAUAACCAAGUAGACGUUGGUGUGACUCCGGCUCAGGCUGUGCACGAACCGGUGGUUAAUUUCUCUAAUGAAUCCAAUGAUUCCACCAACCUAUUGUUCGGAAGUUGGAGCCCUUUUGAUUUCUCAGCCGAUGGAUGA